UAAUAUUUGCCAACACUGAUACUUACUUACGAUAUUUUGCGGCGCGUUUAUCGAUUAUUCAAUAUUAUAUUUGGACUUCCCAGUUGUCCCAAUUGCGAUAUUAUUUUAAUUUCACACCCUUGGAAAUUACCCAUGUCCAUCCGUUUCCUCACCGCGCAGCUAGCCCAACAGAUUGAUGAGGAGCUCAUGAAUGCGGUUGGGGCGUUCAGUUUGGAUCAGUUGAUGGAGCUGGCUGGUUUGGCCUGUGCCCAAACGCUAGCUACGGUGUACAGCAAGGAAAAGUAUCCGAAAAUCUUGGUAUGCUGUGGACCAGGAAACCAGGGAGGAGAUGGAUUGGUCGCAGCUAGACAUCUUGGAAUGUUUGGUUACGAGCCAACAAUAUAUAUGCCCAAGCCAGGCUCGAAAGACAUCUAUCAGCGCCUGCAAAAGCAAUGCAUUAAUAUGGACAUCCCUAUCAUCUCGCCUUCAGCAUCUGCUGAGGAGCUGCCUCGCAUCCUCCAGUCCUCGAACGUUGUUCUGGAUGCCAUUUUCGGUUUUUCGUUCAAACCACCAGUCCGGGCACCGUUUGAGGAUGCUCUGAAGCUCAUCUCCGCAUCCGGGCUCCCGAUUGUUUCGGUAGAUAUUCCCAGUGGAUGGGACGUCGAACGCGGAAAUGCAGAAGGUGUCGGACUGAAUCCUGACGUCCUGAUCAGUUUGACAGCACCAAAGGUAGGAGCGAAAUACUUCACGGGAAGGCAUUUCCUUGGAGGGCGUUUCGUGCCAAAGGCAAUGCAGGAGAAAUUCCAGCUCAAUCUUCCUGAGUAUCCUGGAUUCGAUCAGAUUGUGGAACUGCCGAGGAACGUCAAAAUGUAGCUUUACGUGUACGUCGGGAUAUCAAUAACAUGGGUGACAGGACAGUUAUAUUGUCAAAUAUGAACGCAGCCAGAUAGACGUCCCUCAAAUGAUCUGGCUUCCUCUUUUCAGCUUCCCAAGUACUGUGUUUCACGGCUUUUCGUCAGGAACGAUAUAUAGCAGAUAUGAUAGGAUUAGCAAAUUCGACAAGCUAGGGCGGGGCCCCACAUAUGAGUUUUGAAAUGU